GAAGGAGGCGCGGCGGUGACCGGCGGAGGAGGAGACUCUUCGGGAGAGGCGGCCCGGCUCCAGCCCGCGUGCAAUCCAGUGCCACUGGGCGGCCCCGCCGACAUUCUCGGUUGCUCGCACGGCUGGGCUCCCGUGGCCCCGGCGUCGGACAUGCCUGCUCGGGCGCUCCUGUGCUUCCUGCUCCUGCAGCCGCUGUUGGCGGCGGAGCUCGGUCUGAAGACCAACAGAACAUUUGUGAUAGACUAUGAGGGAGACCAGUUUCUCAAGGAUGGCAAGCCAUUUCGCUACAUCUCUGGGAGCAUCCAUUACUCCCGCAUACCUCGGUUCUACUGGAAAGAUCGUCUUCUCAAGAUGAGGAUGGCAGGGCUCAACGCCAUCCAAACAUAUGUGCCCUGGAACUUCCAUGAACCUGUUCCUGGAAUGUAUCGGUUCUCUGGUGAUUACGAUUUGGAAUAUUUCCUACAGGUUGCUCAAGAGGUUGGACUAUUAGUUAUACUGAGGCCAGGACCUUACAUCUGUGCAGAAUGGGACAUGGGUGGCUUACCUGCUUGGCUGUUAGAGAAACAAUCAAUUGUGCUCCGUUCUUCUGAUGAUGAUUACCUUGAAGCGGUGGAUAAGUGGUUGGGAGUCCUUCUGCCCAUGAUAAAACCUCACCUCUAUGAGAAUGGAGGGCCGAUUAUAUCAGUCCAGGUUGAAAAUGAAUACGGUAGCUACUUUAAUUGUGACUUCAUCUACCUUCGUCAUCUCGAAAAAGUCUUCCGCCAGCACCUUGGGAAAAAUGUGGUUCUCUUCACCACCGAUGGUGCUGAUGACGAUUUAUUAACGUGUGGGGCUCUGCAGGGUCUUUAUGCGACAGUAGACUUUGGAGCAGGUGGCAACAUUACGGAAUUUUUCGGAUACCAGAGGAAGUUUGAGCCCAAAGGACCCUUGGUCAAUUCAGAGUUCUACAGUGGAUGGUUAGACCACUGGGGUGAAAAGCACCAGAAAGUCCCCACUGAAGGAGUUGUCAACUCUCUCACUGAUAUGCUUUCCCGAGGUGCUAACGUUAACUUGUACAUGUUUAUAGGUGGGACCAAUUUUGGCUACUGGAAUGGAGCCAAUUCCCCUUAUGCGCCACAGCCUACUAGUUAUGACUACGAUGCCCCACUGAGUGAAGCUGGAGACCUCACGGAGAAGUACUUUGCUCUGAGGAAAGCUAUUGGAAAGUUUGAAAAACUACCAGAAGGACUUAUUCCUCCAUCAACCCCCAAGAUAGCCUAUGGAAAAGUUGCUAUGAAGCAGAUAAAUACAGUGCAAGGGGCUCUCAAUGUUUUGUGCCCUGCUGGACCAAUAAACAGCACAUUCCCCUUAACAUUUGUCCAGGUGAAACAGUAUUUUGGCUUCGUGCUGUACCGAACAACACUUCCUAAAAACUACAUUGAGCCUGUACGCCUUUCUUCAGUUGACAAUGGAGUCCGUGACCGUGCCUAUGUUUCUGUGAAUGGGGUUCCCCAAGGAAUUCUGGAGAGAAAUAAGGUGUUUGCGAUAAAUAUAACUGGGGAAGCUGGUGACACUCUGGACUUGCUUGUCGAAAACAUGGGUAGAAUCAACUAUGGAAAAGAUAACAAUGACUUCAAGGGUCUGAUUUCCAAUAUCACCCUUGACUCAGACAUACUCACAGGCUGGUUGAUUUACCCACUGAAUAUGGAGGAUGCCGUGCAACAAGAUCUGAACUCCAGUGAUUACAGUGAUCAUUCCAACUUGACUCUCCCAUCUUUUCACGUUGGUCAGUUUUCCAUUCCUAGUGGAAUUCCUGACUUGCCUCAGGACACCUUUAUCAAGUUUCCCAAUUGGACCAAGGGACAGGUAUGGAUCAAUGGCUUCAACCUUGGCCGCUACUGGCCAACUCAGGGCCCCCAGGUCACUCUGUAUGUUCCAAGAAACCUCCUGGUCACAUCUGCCCCGAACAACAUCACCGUGCUGGAACUGGAGAGAUCUCCAUGUGAUUCUCAGGAGAAAUGUUUCGUGGAGAUGGUGGACACACCUGUGAUCGACGGACCCGUGCCUCCAAAGAAGAAGAAGGAGGGCCAAUAAAGUAUGAAGGCUGGACGAGCCACAAUGCCUUCAGAAGGACCUUCCUCUUUGCAAUCUUGACCUUUUAGAGAACCUAAUGAAUCUAGCCUAAAAUCGAAUUUUACCUUGGCUGAUUGGGAAGUUGUGCGUGCGUGUGUGUAUGUGUGUGUGUGUGGGGUGGGGGGGUGUGUGCUAGUGCAUGCGUGUGUAUUAAUUGUUAGGGUUGGUUUUACUUGUUGCCUUGUGAAUGAAAAUAAUAAGCUCCCUGAGGGAAAGAACUGAGCCUCUCCAACAAUGAUAUAAACCCUGUAGUACCGUUGGCCUCUACAGGAUCCUGCACCCUGUGGGCGCACUAUGAAUGUUGAACACCACCCUGAUCAUGGUCAUAAAAUGGUAAAGCACACUCCCAGAGGAUUUUAUUUUGCCUGAUGUAUUUGCACUGAAAAUUUAUAGGGAAGAAUUGUGUUCCCUGAAUAAAAUUUAUACCCAUUUGAUAGAAUGUGUUUUGAAUGGUUUUCUAUUUAAAGAUUUACCAACUGUUUGUUCCCAUAAUGUCAUCUUUGAUGGACUAUUUUAAUGAAUAAAGAAUAGGCAUCUAGGUGUUACAGAGGAUAGAUAGCAUGCUGAACUUGGGAGUCCCAAAGAUAGAGUUCAGAUCCACCUCAGAUACGUGUAACCCUGGGCAAGUCCCUUAUCCCCCUGCCUCAGUUUCCCCAUCUGUAAAAUGGGGACAAUACUAAGGUUGUUGUGGGACUGAAAUGAGAAAUUAGGUUAAGCCCUUUCCAAUGGCUGUGUAAGUGAUUACGGCAGCUAAGUUGCUCAGUGGAUAGAGCACCACACCUUGAGUCAGGAAGACCUGGGUUCAGAUCUAGCC